AUGAACCCGACAGCUAUCAUUCUUACUAUUGAUCGCGUCUCGGCAGACCAUUCUUGGAAAGCUACACGAGAAAUGGUACUUUCAAUACUUAACAAAUAUAACUUGUAUAGCAACAGCGAAACACGGCAAGCAGACUGGGCCAAAGGCCAGGCAGUCAAGAAACAUGAUCGUAAUCUGGGUCGAUCUACAAAAAAGACAAGAGGGCUUUUCUCUGGACUAAGCAGUGCGCACAUUCGCACACCUGAUGGUCAGGGUGGAAUAUCGAAUAUAGUCACUCAUGAGUACACCGUCACAGGCGCUUCAGGGAUGCUAUUUUCAGACCCCGGAGACUCCGGCGCUUUAGUCUUUGACGACACCGCCAACUGUAUUGGGUUGAUCUUCGUCGGCAAUAAGUAUACCAGAGCGUCUUAUAUCACGCUCCUACCUGACUUGUUCAACGGUAUCAAGAUUAUCACCGGCGCCGUUAACGUCCGCAUUGCAGAAUAA